GUUUGGUUCCGGAAGUUAAAUACAUUGCACCGGUUGGUUUGUUGUUACACUUCGCAUCACGGGCUGAAAGUGAAAAACCACAAUCGGAAUUGUAGUUGAAUUUGUGCAAGUGUUCACAAUGGAUGAAGAACCAGAGAGAGCGAAGCGCUGGGAAGGAGGCUACGAGAGGACAUGGGAAGUUCUGAAGGAGGAUGAGUCUGGUUCGCUCAAAGCCACGGUGGAGGAGAUCCUGUUCCAGUCCAAAAGGAAAAGGGUCAUUGAGAGCCAUGGACAGGUCAGGCUUGGAAUGAUGCGUCAUCUGUAUGUGGUGAUCGACUGUUCUAGGAGCAUGGAGGACCAGGACCUGAAGCCGAACCGCCUCACGUCUACGUUAAAGCUGAUGGAGGCUUUUGUCGAAGAGUAUUUUGACCAGAACCCCAUCAGUCAGGUGGGCAUCAUCAUGACGAAGAAUAAAAGAGCAGAGAAGCUGACGGACCUGGCAGGGAAUCCAAAGAAGCACAUCACAGCUCUGCAGAAGGCGGUGGACAGUGUGUGUGUCGGAGAACCGUCCCUCUACAACUCCCUCAGCCUGGCUGUUCAGACGCUCAAACACAUGCCUGGACACACGAGCAGGGAGAUCCUCAUCAUCCUCAGCAGCCUCACCACAUGUGAUCCGGCCAACAUCUACGAGCUGAUCAAGACUCUGAAGUCCCUGAAGGUUCGGGUGUCUGUGAUCGGCCUAUCGGCGGAGGUCCGGGUGUGCACGGUGUUGACCCGGGAGACGGGAGGUUCCUACCACGUCAUCCUGGACGAGAGUCACUUCAAAGAGCUGCUGAUGCUGCACGUCAAACCGCCACCGUCCAGCUCAGCGUCCGAGUGUUCCCUGAUACGCAUGGGUUUUCCUCAACACACCAUCGCCUCUCUGUCCGACCAGGACGCCAAGCCUUCCUUCAGCAUGUCUCAUCUGGACGGCGGCGGCGGCAGUGGUCCCGGUCUGUCUCUGGGAGGAUACUUCUGUCCACAGUGUCACGCCAAGUACACGGAGCUGCCUGUGGAAUGUAAAGUCUGUGGUUUGACUCUGGUGUCAGCUCCUCAUCUGGCCAGAUCCUUCCACCACCUGUUCCCACUCGACGCCUUUACAGAGAUUCCUGAAGAGGAGCAUCAUGGAGACAGGUUCUGUCAGGCCUGUCAAGGAGAGCUGAAAGACAAAAGUGUGUUCAUGUGUCCGUCAUGUCACAGCGUGUUCUGUGUGGAGUGUGAUCUCUUCAUACAUGACUCUCUGCACUGCUGCCCCUGCUGUAUUCACAACCAGAGCGGCCCCUGAAGCUGGACGAGAACCUGCAGAGACUGAUGAGACUCCACAGACACGAACUGGGCCAAAUCCAGCAAAGACCGGUUUUAACACGGUCACGUCGGCGGCGUCCAUGUCUGCUGCGACAGUUAUGGCGCCUUUGGUCUGGUUUUGACCGGUUCGGAACGUCGGCUAUCAGCAGAAUCGUCAUGGUUGUUGUGUGUGUUUACAGUAGGUGUAUUCCUGCUGAAACUGCUGUAAACUGUGAGAACUGAAUAUGAGCCGCUGCAGUUACGUCAGAACAGAUGGUGUACAGUUUGUAGUCCAGUUUGGAUGUGACAUUUCAUAAAUAAAACAGAAUUGAUUUGUACAGG